AUGAUGGCCAAUUGCUUUGACUCGAGGAUCGUAAUAGACAAUGGCUCAUGCACCAUUAAAGCUGGUUAUUCAGGAGACGAUCUCCCAAAGAUAGAAAUUCCAAGUGUUAUUGGAAUCACCGAGAGCUUUGAUAAUAUUUCAGAGAAAAAAAUCGAAAAUUUUCAUAUAGGAAGUGAAACAUUAUUUCUUGGAGAAUCAGACAAAAUAGUAAGUCCGUUUGAAAAAGGUAUUAUUCAGGGCUGGGAUGAAAUGAAAACUAUAUGACACCACCUCUUUUCAAAAGAAUUAAAGGCUAAUCCAGCUGAAUUCCCUAUUCUUAUUACUGAGCCACCACUUAACCCAAAAGAUGCAAGAGAAAGAAUGGCUGAGAUUUUUUUCGAAGAGUUUAGUAUUCCUGCAUUUUAUGUGGUCAAUCAGGCCGUUCUUUCUCUCUAUAGUUGUGGAAGAACUACUGGGUUGGUUGUGCAUUGUGGAAACCAAGCCACUCAUGCUGUACCAAUUUAUGAUGGCUAUACUUUAUCAAAUGUUGCUCAUAUAGAUAUUGGAGGAUUAGAUUUAACUAAAUUAUUAAGCCGAUUUUUGAGGGAAAGGAUUCCCCCAUGGAUGAAUAAUAAAGCAGUCUUGAGAAAAAUAAAAGAAAAGCUCUGCUAUGUAUCAUUGGAUUUACAAUCUGAAUCGGAAGUCUCUAUUAAUUUAGCAGAAGUAAGCCCUGAUUAUAUAAUGCCUGAUGGAAGCCAAAUAAACUUAGGGAGAGAGAGAUAUAUGAUUCCCGAAGUGCUAUUCAAACCAUUCUUAGUGGAUUCAAGUAAUUUAUUUGGAGGAAUUGAUGAAGUCACUAAUUCAUCAAUAAUGAAUAGCGACAGCGACAUAAGAGAAGAUUUAUGAAAAAAUAUCAUUACAAGUGGGUGCACAUCGCUAUUUUCAGGAUUUGAUGAUAGGCUUAGUAAAGAAUUAAAAGCAAAAGCGCCGCCUAAUGUGCGAGUUCAAUUGCUUUUCAGAAGAGAGUCAAGACCACACAAUCCUUGAAUUGGUGGAAGCAUUUUUGCCUCUUUGUCAAGUAUGAAUCAGUUUUGGGUUACAAGAGAUGAAUUUUUUGAAAAGGGCACUGGUAUUAUAAAUCAAAAAUGCUUUUAG